UGCGUGCCUCCCUCUUGUCCGCCCGCUACUCUGUGAGCCGGGCCGAGGGCUGGAGCUGCGCGGGGCGCUUCGGUCCGAGGCGAGCGAGACCUGUCGCGCCGCCCGCCGCCAUGGAGCCCGGGCCACCCGGCGGCUCCAGGCCCGCCGAGCGGGGGCCUUGCCUGAGCAGCCCGCUCGGCGCAGACCUGGCGGCUUCGGCCUCCUUGCUGAGCGCGGCCGGGGCCGAGGCAGGGCGCCGCCCGCUCGCUGUGGCGGCCGUGUUACCGGCGGGGGGGUGCGGGGAGAGGAUGGGCGUCCCCACCCCGAAGCAGUUCUGCCCCAUCCUGGAGCGGCCGCUCAUCAGCUACACCCUGCAGGCCCUGGAGAGAGUAUGUUGGAUAAAGGACAUUGUCGUGGCAGUAACUGGAGAGAACAUCGAAGCAAUGAACAGUAUCAUUCAGAAGUACCAGCAUACGCGCAUCUCAGUAGUUGAAGCUGGAGUAACCCGCCACAGGUCAAUUUUCAAUGGACUAAAAGCACUGGUAGAGGAUCAGCCCAACUCAAAGCUGUGUAAGCCAGAAAUUGUGAUUAUCCAUGAUGCUGUCAGACCAUUUGUUGAGGAAGAUGUCCUUCUCAAAGUUGUCAUAGCUGCUAAGGAACAUGGGGCAGCAGGAGCAAUUCGACCUCUUGUAUCUACUGUCAUCAGUCCAUCUGCUGAUGGUUGCUUAGACCACUCGCUAGAACGUGCCAUGCACAGAGCAAGUGAAAUGCCGCAGGCUUUUCUAUUUGAUGUGAUCUAUGAAGCAUAUCAGCAGUGUAGUGACUAUGACUUGGAAUUUGGAACUGAGUGUUUGCAAUUGGCUCUAAAAUACUGUCACACGAAAGCUAAACUUGUAGAAGGAUCACCUGAUCUCUGGAAGGUGACCUACAAACGAGAUCUGUAUGCAGCCGAAUCGAUUAUUAAGGAGAGAAUUUCACAAGAGAUUUGUGUAAUUACGGAUGUAAAAGAAGGUGAAGAAAAUGUAGGUCAUCUUCUUAAAGAAGUGCUGAAAAGUGAAUUACCUCAUGUGAAAGUCACAUCUGGGGCUCUGUGUCAUGCUCGUGGAGAUCUUCAGCAAAUCAUCUUAAAGCAGUGCUAUAAUUUUGUUUGUGUGAAUGUUAUGACCUCUGAUUUUCAAGAAACCCAGAAGUUACUGAGUGUACUUGAAGAGAGUAAUCUUUCUAUUUUAUAUCCAGUUGUUGUUGUUUCAGUACAUUUUUUUGACGUUAAAUUAGUACCUCUCGGUCAGAAAAUGGAAAACCUAAUGUCGAUUAGGGGAUUUGCGAAGGAAGUGAGAAAAAGAAAUAUUUUGUUAUGUGGUCUUCUCAUAUGUUACCCACAGGGUGAGCAGAAACUACAAGAGAGUUUAAGGCAAGCUGCCAUCAUUAUUGCUGCCUUAAUCGAAGAAAGAAAUUCUGGACUCGUUGGUCAGCUACUGAUAGCAUGAAGAACACAGAGAUAAAAUUACCUAUUAGGCUUUUUAA